UAAGCUUAAAUUUUAGACUUCCCUGAUCCUGGACGCCGAUAGCGGAUAAGACAUUUUGGAUUGCACAAUUAUUACAAAUGGGGAAUCUUAAAAAGUAAGUUUACAAAACGGGCUUCCUAUACUUAUAUUGAUAUAUUUCACCAUAUCCAAAUUUUCUCUAGAAUAAAACUCAAAAUGUCCGUCAUUGAACUUGGAGAGUCCGUACCUGCCUUGACACCACAUGUAAGUGUCUCGAAUUUGAUUGCAGCUGGGUAAAAGAGCAAAAAACUCUUUGUUGUGACUCAGUUGAUAUAAUUUAUUUAUCUAAUCCUUUCUUAGGCCACGAGCGUUUCAUUGCCAACAUGGAGAGACAACGUUGGCUACGAAGAGGGUGACCCAAGGGUUGUGGGCAAAAUGACCACUGGAUAUCCUCGGUCAGUUUAUUUUAAGCUCCACAACUCUCUUUAAUUACUUUGGCCUGACUGACCUCCGUCUCGUGACUCAGAUUCUUCAUUCACAAACUUAUUGUUGCAUUCGCCGAUGACAUUGUCAAAGCAUUUGGCAGUCAAAAUGAACAGGCAAUGCUCUUUCCGUCGGCCAAGACUGCUAGGAGUUGUGUAGCGUUUAUGCUUUCGAGAGACAAGUCCAUAUCUCCAAAUCAACUCACCGUCGUCGAUUUGGUCCUUGAGCGUAAUCAAGCAUCAUCGGAAGUCCCCACUAAGAUUUCCCCUUCGAUAUCUGCUGUUUUGUUUGCCAAAGAGUUUUUCCCGGUCGCGAAGCAAUACUGGCAGCAUUCUGGAGAUGGUGUCUCAAGCAGAAGGGCUGAAUUUUGCCACACUCUAUUCCAAGAAGGAUUACUAGUGAAGAAGACAGACCCAAAGAGUCCUCAGAAUGAUGACAAGUUGUGCAAAGGUCCUAGACGAUACCAGAAAGGUUCUAUAGACAAGACAUCAAGAAGUCAAAACGGCAUGAAGGCAGGCGAGAGCCAUAACUCCCCUAUCUCGUCGAUAAACUCCGAGGCCAAGGAAAGUUCACAGUUUCUGGAGGAACGCUUUGGCCGAAAUCUGGAUGUUUCUUUUGUGGAAAAUGCAAGAUCUGCAAUUCGCCGUCGGAUUACAGGCUCCUUGGUUGGGGAAGUCGAUUUGUCCGAGACCCCGAGCACAUACAUGACCUCCAAUAUGCGUGGAGUCGCUGAGCUUUCAGAGGACGAUGUUUACCUUUAUCCUUGCGGCAUGAACUCAAUUUUCAAUGCCCACCAGAUGUUGUUAAAAACCAGGGGCUCUAUAAAGAGCAUAUCUUUCGGCUUUCCGUACGUCGAUACUCUUAAAACUCUGGAAAAGUUUGGUCCUGGUUGCACCUUUUACGGCAACGGUUCCUCCGAAGAUUUAGAUGAUUUGGAAAAAAGAUUGAUAGCAGGAGAAAGAUACCUCGCACUAUUUUGUGAAUUUCCAGGGAACCCCAUGCUCAAUUGUCCGGAUCUAAAACGAAUUCGGGCACUGGCCGACAAAUACGACUUCGCUGUGGUGGUUGAUGAGACUAUUGGAAAUUUUAUUAAUGUUCAUGUUCUACCAUACUCGGACAUAGUCGUAAGCAGUCUUACGAAAAUAUUCUCAGGAGAAUGCAACGUCAUGGGCGGAAGUGCCAUCUUCAAUACUAGUGGAAGAUAUUAUCACUCCUUGAAAGCCGUAGCUAGAACAGAGUACGAAGAUAACUACUGGGCCGAAGACGUUAUGUUCAUGGAACGGAAUAGCCGGCACUUUGUAUCUCGAAUUGAAAAGAUCAACGACAAUGCCGAGGUCAUCUGCGAUAUCCUUCGAUCCCAUCCCUUGGUAAAGUCGGUUUACUACCCUAAAUACAACGCGUCUAGAACUUUCUACGAUGAUUGUCGUACACCGAAUGGAGGUUAUGGAGGGCUUCUUUCAUUCACAUUUAAGGAAAAGCCUCAAGCAGUUGCAUUUUAUGAUAAGAUCGAAACUGCAAAAGGUCCAAGUCUGGGAACUAACUUCACAUUGACUUCACCCUAUGUAAUCUUAGCCCAUUACCUGGAACUGGAUUGGGCGGCGCAAUUUGGAGUACCUGCGGAACUCAUUCGUAUUAGUGUCGGCCUUGAAGAUGCCAAUGAUUUGAAAGAGACAUUUGCAAUGGCAUUGAAAGCUGCGGCAGAUUCAAUGUCUUGAUCAUAUGUAGCAUCAUUGAAGCUUAGCCUGCGAUGCAUUUUAGAAUGCGUUCGUUUUCAAAAAGUUUUCAUGAGCCCAUUCGUCGACGAAAGUUACAUAGAUAGAACAGCCUGGAAAUAGAAUCCCUGAGUUGAUGCGAUGGAUGAAAAAACAUUUCAUAGCAACGAUUAGUACAUCCGUGAUUAUUGAAAAAC